UCCUCCCACAUGAUUUUUAACUUUUUGAUAUAGUAAUUUUAAGUUUUCGUUAGUUUCUGAAUCCAGCUUGAUUUUUUCUGAACAUUGUUAUUUUAAUUUAUUAAAGUCAUGCAUUUACAAAAGUCCCCAUAGACGCCGAGACAGGUCACGUGACUCCUUUAUCCAACAAAGUGUACAGAAAGUAAACGUGAACUUGUCCAGAAAAAUAGCACUUUCUGUUCGGCCAAUUAUCUAACAUAAUCUUUCCGCCGACAAGAUGUCAAUAAACGGACUACGAAAAAGGUUUCAGUCAAGUUCGACGGCCGCAGUUGUAAAUCAGAGUCCAUUUGACAAUAUCCGCCAGCAGAUGGAAGAUGUCCUAGGAAACGGGGGGGUCCUGAAAGAGGUGGUCCACCCUGGAGAAGGCCCGUCUAUGCCCCAAAAUGCUUCAGUGUUAAUCCAUUACUCCGGCUUUUUGGAAUAUUCCGACCAGCCAUUUGAGACCACCACUCACUUCAAACACCCGCGCAUGAUGAAGCUGGGCAGAGACGUGACGCUUCCUGGAAUGGAGCUCGGUCUGCUGACCAUGCGGAAAGGAGAGUUCUCCCGCUUCCUGCUGCAUCCUCGCUAUGCCUACGGAGAAAUGGGAUGUCCUCCGCUCAUCCCGGCCGCUGCCCCGGUUUUGUUUGAAAUCCAGAUCCUCGACAUCCUCGACUCCGGCCAAGUGGAUGACUUUGUUAAACUGAGCCCGGAAGAGCAGAACAUGUUUCCUCUGUGCAAACUGGAUGAAGUGGUCAACACGCUCCGCAGCUUUGGCAACAGAUGCUUUAACCAGAGUCGCUAUGAGAAAGCCAAAGAGCACUACAAGCAGGGGGUAGAGUUGCUAGGCAACAGGGUCCGGCAGAGCGAUGCGGAGGCAAAAGAGCUCCAGAUGGCGCUGCUACCUCUCUAUCUGAACCUGUCCCUUACGGAGCUGCGUCUGGAGCACCCGCGGAAAGCUCUGAAAUACGCUUACAGAGCUUUGGACGUCGACUCCAGCAGCACCAAGGCUCUUUACCGCUGUGGACAGGCCUACUUGGAGCUGGGAGACAACGAGAGAGCUCACGAUUACCUCGUCAAGGCCCAAACCAGAAAGCCCUUUGACGGCGACAUCAAUAACCUGCUGAAGACAGUCACUAUUGCCUACAAAGACAGCUUGGACAAAGAGAAAGACUUCUACUCAAAAAUGUUUGCAGGCUUCAAGGGCUCAGCGGAGAAGCAGACAAAUGAUGAUCCAAGUCAGUGAAAAGCCACUCUGCAAUUCCUGAGUCACAGUUUGUGGGUUUUUUUGUUCAACCUUUAACAAUUCUUGCAUUGUUUUAUUUGUUUUACCUCAUGAUGAAUAUAUUAUGUUCAGUAUUUCCAUGGGUUUGUUGUUUUCAUUUUUAAUGGGGUUUUGGCCAAAGCACGAAUAAAAAAUCUGAAUGUGACUUUCAGGUAUUUGCUAGGUAGUUGUUGUAAUACCAAACAACAGCACAAGAGGGAGUGUAUUUCCAGCAGGGAAGGUCAUAAUGCAUAUGAAGAUGAAAUAAGUUAGUUUUAUGAGUUAGUCACUUACAGUGUGUCUUUAACUACACUGCAUAAUACUGAUAAUUAUUUGUAAUAUUUUGCUUGACUAAGCAGCUUCAGGCGAAGGGAGAAAUAGUACAAACAGCUCAAAGAAGGAUUUAGUGCUGCUCUGUUUGGUUCGCUCCUAAUAGCAGCAGAUGAAUGGAACUAUAAAGUUUACAGGAAUCGGAGAA